AUGCUCUAUCACUUAGGAAGGCAGUGCCAAAAAAUUAAGAAUUUUUUGUGCCAAUACUGUCAUGAGACGUCUUUACAUGGCUUUAAAUACGUAGUAUCGAACGAGUCAUCUUCAACGGAAAAAAUUGCAUGGGCAUUGGUUUGCAUAAUCGGCUUGACUUUGAGCGCUUUGCUGAUGUCACUAAUUUGGCAAAGAUUUCGAAGAACCCCGACAGUGACGACCAUCGAUACAACGACCUAUCCAAUUUUCGGUUUGAAUUUUCCAGCUGUUUCAAUUUGUAACUACAACAAAGUUUACAAACCACAUGCUGAUCGUCUUUCUGAUGAAAUGAGGCAAAAAGGUUUAACCAAUGAAGAAAUCGAAGAUUUCUUUACAACGUUACCUAGAUUAAUUAGACAGGAUUAUGUAGAUGCAGACUUUUCCAAAGUUAUACAAUUGAUAACAACUGCCGAAACGAAUAUAGAAGAGAUUAUGAGUGAUAUGAUGCAGCCGUGCGAAAAGUUACUUUUAAGAUGUUCUUGGGAGGGCCAAAGAUAUGAUUGCAGCAAAAUUUUCAAGCCUGUGAAAACUCCCGAGGGCUUUUGCUGUGCUUUUAAUUACCAUGUUGACGAUACUGAAAAUUCACCAUAUAAGAUCAGAAAAAAAAUUAAGAACGUUACCUCAGAAGUGAAGCGCAAUCUUACAAAAGAAGAGCCUGGUGUACACGAACCUUUAACUGUUCCUGGUGCGGGGAGAGAUAUGGGAAUAUCAGUCGUCAUAGAUCUUGAGGAAAAUACAUACUUCGGUUCAAUAAGACCCAGUGUUGGCGCAUCGAUUCUUGUUCACGAUCCAUUCAACUAUCCAGAAGUAGAAGUGUUAACGAGUUUCAUACAACCCAUGCAAGAAAUGGCAGUGAUGCUAUCUGGUUCUAUCGUUGCCAGCGAAGCAAAUGUCAAGACACUAGAUUUAACGCGUCGAAAUUGCUGGUUCAACGACGAGGUAAAACUUAGCAUCAGUUCAGUGUAUAGUUAUCAAUCUUGCAUCACCGAAUGUAGAAUUAGAUAUAUAAGAAGAUAUUGCAAUUGUGUUCCGUUCUUUUAUCCUAAUUACUAUCAAGCGAGAACUUGCAGUUUGGAUGACAUCAAUUGUCUGACAAAAAAUCGAGGGAGCUUAUCGAAUUUACGAACAAUAAUCGACGUAGUUAACGAAAAUGACACGAGAGAUUCAGCAAAAUGCGACUGUUUGCCGUCCUGUAAUGACACUACUUAUACUUCAAACAGUGAAAAUACUAUAAUGUCUAAUGUUUCAUUUCACUCACCCUUGCUACAAGGAUUUGACGUGAAAAAAGUGUCCUUGGCUUCUGUUUACUUUCGAGGCAUAACUUGUUUGAAAUAUAGAAAGGAAAUUUGGAUGUCCUGGGAUGAUUUACUUGCAUCCUUUGGAGGAAUCUUCGGCCUCUGCGUUGGAGGUUCAUUUGUAAGCUUAGUCGAAAUUUUGUACUUUUUUAUAAAAAAACUUUGGCGGCGCAGCGACCAAAGCAAGCAGGCAACACUAGCGAAUUCUCCGCCAGCGCGAGAGAAAUUUAAAGUCGUUAGUAUUGAUCAACUGAGAGGUUGGUCUCACAAAAAAUUAGACAACGACAGCGCACACAAGAGAAAUGUAUCUUCCAGAGAGAACUUCACUUACCCAGCGGAAAUAAAAAGUGCCACAAUGAAACCUAGUUCCAUAAAUGAGGAAUUUAUCAGAUAU